GUCCAGGAUUUCUCCUGUUAUUUGCACUGCUUGGUGGGCGAGAAGGGAGCAAUGGAAGGAGGAGAGACGUUCCCAGUCUUGGGAAAUGGCAGCCAAGGGGACUACAAGGUGAUGCAGACCUUCCACAAGAGCUUUGGGCAAGUGCAGAGCCGGUUGGACCAGAACAGGAAACUGAUCAACGAGAUCAACCAGAACCAGGCGUCGAGGAUCCCCGGACGCCUCAACCGCAACGUCCGCCUCAUCGGGGAGCUCAACAGCAAUAUCCGCCGCGUCGUCGACGUGUACGUCGAGCUCUGCCUCUCCUUCACCGGGUCAAUGGAGGCAUCACCUGAAGCUGGAGCUGCUUCCCAAGGGAAGCCUGGCCACAAGAGAGUCAGGGCAUGAAGCAGAGACCUCUCAACCCUCGAGGUCCGUCUCAAGUGCUAUAUUCUUUCAGAUGCUUUAAUGCAUCCGCAAGAAAGCAACUUAGAAUCUGAGCGUAGAGUGGAUGAGUUUGCUUCCCCAUCUUCUCUUUUGCGGCAAUCUCUCAAGCACGAGCGUAUAAAGAUGUUGUGGGAGACAGAGAUCUCUUCAGAGCGGUGCCAUAGAAGAGGACAAGCGGCAUAAAGCUUCCUUCA